GGGAGCGAAAUCGCUUGCGAUAACUCAUCUAUUUCGUUCCACCCGGAAUCAAGGCGUAAUUUUUCUCAUCAAAACGAAACAUUGUGUUGAAAACGCAAAUAAACCCUGCUAAGAAAGAAACAAAAUGGAGUGCCCCAUCAAUCCGGCCGAGCUGCUGAAGCUCAAAGGGUUCGUCGACUAUUGCCAGAAAAGUCCGCAGCUGCUGAACCUGCCACAGUUGGACUUUUUCAAACAGUUUGUUGAAAGCCUGGGCGGAAAAGUGCCCGAAGGUCAGCCGGAUUUUGCCAAUCUGGGCGGUAGCGCGAAAACCAGCAGCAACAACACGCCUCCGAGCCACAGUACUGGUGGCAGUGCCAGUGCCUCGGCGGCGGAUUCGACCACGGCCGGUGAGGAACCGACGGCCAAAGGGGCGGAAUCGGACCCGGAGUCGGACCUCGAGCUGGACAACGAUGGUUGCGUCGAUCCGGACACCGACCCGGACCAACCGAUGGGUGACUCUUCGAAGGAACCGACGGAGGAAGAGUUUGACCAAGCCAAUGACCUGCGCUCGCAAGCAGCCUGCGCGUACGGAGAUCAACAGUACGAAGAAGCGGUUAAACUGUUCUCCAGCGCAAUUCAGCUCAACCCGAAGAGUGCCCUAUACUACGCCAAGCGCGGCCAGGCGUACCUGAAGCUACAGAAACCGAACGCCUGCAUCCGGGACUGUGAUCGGGCGCUGGAAAUCAACCCGGACUCGGCCACGGCCUACAAGUUCCGUGGCCGCGCCAACAGACUGCUCGGCCACUGGGAGGAAGCGGCCAAAGAUUUGCGGCAGGCGUGCAAGCUGGACUUUGACGAGGAGGCCAACGAGUGGCUUAAGGAGGUGACCCCGAACGCGAAGAAGAUCGAGCAGCACAAACAGAAACAGGACCGGCGCCGCAAGGAGCGCGAGCUCCGGGAGCGACAGGAACGCGUUCGGAAGGCACAGGAAGAGAAGCGUAAGGCACAGGAAGAGGCGGCCGCUGGCAUGGGCGGUGGACCAGGCGGUAUGCCCGACUUCGAUGCUCGAGCCGGUGCCGAUUUGUUCAGCGCUUUCCGCGACCCAGAAGUGACGGCGGCCAUGUCCGACAUCUUCUCGAAUCCGGCCAACAUCUCCAAGUACCAGAACAAUCCCAAAAUCAUGAAUAUCCUCAUGAAGCUGUACUCGCAGUCCGGCCAGGGAGGUGUUCCAGGCUUCCCGGGAGCCGGCGGGGCCGGUGGUGCUCCCGGAGGUUUCCCGGGAUUUCCCGGAUUCGCUGGUGGGUUCCCUGGUUUCGGUGGACCCGAUGCUGGCGCUGGCGCAGGCGGCGGAGCAGGCACGGGUGCGGGUGCGGGCGCAGGCACAGGCACAGGCACAGGCGGUGGUGCUCGCGUGGACGAUUUGGAUUAGAAUAACUUCACCUAGCCCGUGUCCCCUGCGACACCCGGUCGGCCAGUUGCAUUUCCGUUUUGUUCUUUUGUUUCACCAAAAGCCAUAGAGCCACCUAGGGCCAGUUAGUGUAGGGUUCCGCUUUCUAUCCUCUUAUAUACCUCCUUUCGGGCGAUCUUCAUAAACUAGAUUCGUAGCUUCAACUAUAGCCCCUCUUGUGGAAAGAGCGGGUGUUCCGGUUGGGAGAGCGGACGGAGCAACACUAUACAAUCCAUUCGAUAUUUAAGCGAAAGGGCUGAGAAAAUAUUGCAAAACACAAUGGCGGUAAUCGUGGACGAGUAGAGGGCACGAUAACGCUUCCGGCUAACGUGUGGCGACGUCGUGUGCUCAACUCCGGAAUGCUACUUGUUAUCUUAAAACGGGGCUGAACAAUAAAACAGAACUCCAAU